AUGUCCCCACUCAAGCUCUCACUAGGAUGGAGGACAUGUUCAUGGUUUGAUAUUGAAGGUCCGGUAAAAAUGCAACCAAUGGCAGCUGUCGAGGAAAAGGUAUUACAUUGUUUGGGUUGGACUAACCUAGACUUCUCUAAUUCUUCUAGCAUGAGGAUUGAUGUUUUGGGUAUAGCAUCAGAGGAAUCUGAAAUCGAGAUGUAUUACAUGCUAAAUUGGAUUACAGAUGGAAGCAAGGGGCAUGGGGUGAUUAUGUGUAUGAUGGAGAAGAAGAAGGAAAAAAAAGAUGUGUUCGAUUGUUACAAGUCAUGGAAUUACAUCAUUGGUCAACAUCUCACUGGAUUUCAGACUACAACAGGAAGCAAAUGGCGAAUUGUGCAUUAUGACAAGGAUAUUGAGGAUCAACUCGUUACAUAG